UUAAUUAAUAAAACUCUUCAAAAUAGCAAUUGGGAUACAGAAAAUGAUUCUGAUUUUCAAUAUCAUAAUGGUAAUAAAGAUCCUCGUGGAUUUGGCCAUAUUGCGAUUAGUGUUGACAACAUUGAAGCUGCUUGUGCUAGGUUUGAAAAAUGUGGUGUCAAGUUCAUCAAAAAGUUGCAAGAUGGUAAGAUGAAUAAUAUCGCUUUUAUUAGUGAUCCAGAUGGAUAUUGGGUCGAAAUUGUUGCAUGUGGUAUAGAUGUGACUUGUUCUUCUAAACAUUAA